CCAACCUCGAACAAAAAAUAAAGAAAAUUGGACCGGGGCGACGUCAGCUUCAAAGCACGGACAACAACCAUCUCAUCCCCUAUGCCUACGGGGACCUACAGCCUACCUCAUGACCUACUCCAUGGCAAAUAUUGUUUUCUUUGUUUCAUGGUUUAUUAACCUCACCUGUCCUUCUUUAGAUUUGUUUCUUAUCUCCUGUCUAUCUUCUGCAUCAUCAUAUUUUUCUUCUGUCUCGUUUAACACAUAGAUUCUCGAUAAGCCGGGCACAUAUCAGAAACUCAUCGACAUGCUCCAGUCCUCACUUCUCUCCGUCGUGGCCGGAGUUCUCGCUGCUACGUCCACCGUCUACGCUCUCCCACAAUCAAAUUCAGGGUCAGGGUCUGGUUCUUCAACAGCAUGCAACAACUCUCCGGACCUCUGUAGCCGCAGUUAUAACAACAUCACACACAUGGGGGCUCACGGAAGCUCUUUUCUACGCGAUGGCAACGACGGACUCGCCGCCGCAGGUAACCAGAACUUCAACGCCACGGAUGCUCUCGACGCUGGUCUUCGUCUGCUUCAGGCCCAGGUACACAAAGAAAACAACACCCUCCGUCUUUGUCACACUUCCUGUGGCAUUCUCGAUGCUGGCCCACUCGAGGACUGGUUGACUAAAAUCAACGUGUGGAUGAAGGCGAACAAGAAUGAGGUUGUCACUCUCUUGCUUGUCAACUCCGACGAUGCCAAACCUGAUGAAUUUGGACAAGCCAUCAACGGUUCCGGCAUUGCUGAGCUGGCUUACGCACCCGCUACCCAGGAACCGACCAGCGAGUGGCCUACUCUCAAGUCCAUGAUCGAUAACAGCACACGCCUCGUAACUUUCGUCACCAACAUUGAUGCUUCGACCCAGUACCCCUACCUGAUGCCAGAGUUCGACUAUGUCUUUGAGACGGCGUUUGAGGUUCCUUCUCUCACCGGCUUCAACUGCACUGUCGACCGCCCAUCUAAGAUUAAAGAUGGUGCUACAGCCAUGGCCAGUAACUACAUGGGUCUCGUCAACCAUUUCAAGUAUCAGAGUCUUUCAGACAACAGUGACUUGUUCGUCCCUGACACUGAGAACAUCGAUACUGUCAACAGUGAUGGUACCAGUGAGGAUGGUCAGCUGGGCAAGCAUCUUCAGGAAUGUCGACAGGAGUGGGGUGCUGUGCCCAACUUUGUGCUGGUAGACUUCUUCGAGAAGGGUCAGGUUCUCGCAGCGACAGACAAGAUGAACGGCAUCUCUGACGCCACUGGGCGUGAGGAGGUCUCGGAUGAGUCGAUCGGCAGCACCACUGACAGACAAGUCGGCAUGGUUGCCCUGACUGCCUUCGUCGCUGCCGCAGUGCUGUUGGUAUAAAAGGUUUCUCCAGGCUUGAAUGCAUUUCAGCAUUCAGACACAAUUUCUUUGUCUUCACUCUUCUAUCUCGACAUUAUUUACACAGGUUUGAUAGGACCUGCCGUUUAAUCCGGUGCGGUCACAUGGGCAUACAGCGAGGCGUUUGGGAUAGCAAGCUUGCAUCUUCAUAGAUUGAAUUACAACACGGGACAGGGGGGAUGGGUCGAUAGCUUUGUGGCGAUAUGUUAACAUAAGACUGGCCUGUUGGGCGGAUGAUAUGCAUUUACCUUGAUGAUAGACUCUCAAUAGAAAUGUAUAGAGAUGUCAUAUUGACUGAAAAUUGCUCUGUGA